GCACAAAUGUCAUUCAGUGUCGUGUCACGAUAUCGAAGAAAAUAAACAGUUUUCUGAGGUUUUUACUACAUAAUAAUAUAAACUGGUGGUUAAAAUGGUGUCGAGGAGUUUAACUGAAGUGUUCGUGUUGAUGCGCAACAACGCUAUCCACAGCCGGCACAUAUUCACCGACCAGGGCAAUGACUCGGAGCGCGUGCGCCUCAUGCGGCGCAACUCCCACGACAUGGAGGCCGGCAUGGAGCUGCGCUCCGACUCGCACGCGCCGCCGCCCUGGACCGACGCGCUCGAAGAGGCACACUAUGUUAUCACUAGGUUAAAAACAAAAUUGUCAGAGCUACAAUCCCGCCACGAGAAGCAGAUCCGCCGACCGGCGCUCGACGACACGACGGAGCAGCAACACAUACAGCGCCUCACCGCGGAGAUCGGGCGACACUUCACACACGUGCACACGCAUCUCACGUCCAUCAAGGCGCAGAUACGACAUGGUAACAAAACCGAACAAAAACUGGCCACAAACGUAGUGCUGGCUUUAGUCACCAUACUCCAGGACUUGAGUGUGACCUUCCGCACCGCCCAGUCCACCUACCUCAAGUCUCUGACGUCACGCGAGGAACGAUCCAACGCCUACUUCGACCUCCCAAACUUCGAGGAACUCAGCUUAGACGACAACGAGCUCCUCCCAGGACUUUCAAACAACCAAACAGAUUUACUCUUCUCAUUACCAAGCACAUCAGGAACACAGAAAUUCGACCAAAAUGGCGACGACUACCAAAGACAAGCACUUAGCCAAAAACAACUCCUACUCAUGCAAGAAGAGAACACAAGAGAUGUGGCAGAGAGGGAAGAAGAAGUCAAUAAAAUCGUUCGGUCAAUAGUCGAUCUGAACGAUAUAUUUAAAGACCUAGCGCAUAUGGUGAAUGAACAAGGAACGGUUUUAGAUCGGAUAGACUACAAUAUUGAACAAACGCAGGUACAAGUUCAUGAGGGUUAUAAGCAAUUGCAGAAGGCUGAAAGGUACCAGAGAUCGAACAGGAAAAUGCACUGCAUACUGAUACUGGCCAUAACAAUCAUAGCCUUAGUAAUACUACUCAUAAUCGUGAAGAGUUAGUCGAUGGUAGACUAAGAAAUGCCUUAUUUUACGUAGUCGAUCGACUGCACGGCUGGACCGUGACCAACCUACUAGACACAAGAUUCCGAACUCUAGUAAUAGUUGAAUUAUUGUAUUCUGGUUAAUGUGGGCACUUGUUUCAUUAGGAACAAUAAGUGAUGCUUGAACGAAUAUUCCUGAUAUUAACUUUCUUGCAGUUUUUGCCAGUUUAUCAAGAGAUCCGAGUUCGCGUACGGGGAAACUUACUGUGCCCGACAUAUAGGGUUUGAGCCCCGCAUAUGACAAGCAUGUGAUUCACGCUUGUUCAGAGUUUGGUUGUAUUUGUGCAAGUGACUUGAACGUUCUUUAGUGCAGAAGUCGGUUAUUGUGAAGGUCGUCAAACUCCGUGAUUGGUCAGAAUUUUGAACCAAUUUGAAUCUUGAUCCUUAAAAAAAAUUACAUUAGCAUUCUAGAAAC